AUGGUUGCCUCUGAUCGUCCCACUUCUGGGGGGUCGGUGACUGUCAAUGCUGGCGAUGGAUAUGAUCAACCUCUGAAGAAAAUCUUCGUACCUGACUUACUCGCGAGAUGGCCAUUUUCCCGUCGUCUCAAUCAGCACCAUUCCAAAGUCUCUGCCGAAGCAUCUGCUUGGCUUGAAAGCCUUAAAGUCUUCAGCCCCAAGGCACAAAAAGCCUUUGACAGCGGUAAAUUUUGUCUUCUUUCAUGUUUAUGCUACCCAAUCGCGUGUGAAGAGCACCUUCGCAGUGGUUGUGAUUUCAUGAAUCUCGCGUUUGUCAUAGAUGAAUUCUCAGAUGUCUCGGAAGAGGGCGAGGUCCGUCAACAAAAGAGCAUCAUCAUGGAUGCUCUGCGUCACCCUUAUAAGCCACGCCCAACAGGGGAAUGGGUCGGUGGAGAAGUCACUCGCCAAUUCUGGGAACGUACUAUACGUAACGCUAGUGGUCAAUCGCAGAAGCGGUUCAUAGCGGCAUUCGAUGAAUAUCUAGAGGGCGUAGUGCAGCAGGCCAUUGACCGAAGUGAACAUCGCAUUCGUGACAUUCAAAGUUAUUUCCAUGUGCGCCGCAGAACGAUCGGAGCACGACCUGCGUUCGCACUCUUGGAACUGGGUCUCGAUAUCCCAGAUGAAGUAAUUUCGCACCCAACAAUUGAGGAUGUGGUGGUGGCAUCCAUUGACAUGAUCGCUCUCGCUAAUGACAUCGCGUCCUACAAUGUAGAGCAAGCGUGUGGACUUGACGGUCACAAUAUAGUAACAAUUGUCAUGCACGAGCUUGAUACGGAUGUCAACGGCGCCAUGUUAUGGGUGGCGGAUCGCCAUACAAAAGUCGAGACGAAGUACUUCGAGGCCGUGACAGCCACUCCGAAAUGGGGAGAGCCCAUCGACUCACAGGUUAGGGAGUACUGCAAUGGCAUGGGAAACUGGGUGCGCGCGAACCAUGAUUGGAACUUCGAGAGCGAGAGGUACUUUGGCACCAAAGGUCUGGAAGUUCAAAGGAAAAGGUGGAUUUUGCCGAUGCCGAAAGACCGCCUGAAAGGCCGUGAAGAUAUUGGUCCCGUACUAAUUGAAUGA